AUGUUCCAUGCAAUGAAAAAUUGUCAUAUAUCUGCGAGAUAUUUUACAGAAUCAGCACUAAUUCGAAAUAAUGCGAAACAUCAUAAAAGAUUUAUUGAUAUAGUAUCCGGUUUCAUCGGAAAUAUAUUUUUGCCUGCUGCACCUACAGUAUCACCAACUUACGCACCACAAAUAAUAUAUCAUACAAAUGCACCACAACAACUAUUACCACAAGCUUCCAAGUCAAAUAAUACGAUAAUCUACAUUGCAAUUGGUGUUGCUGUUAUUAUUCUCAUAUCGGUCUUACUUUGUUGUUGCUGUUUUGGUGGUGGUUUUUUUCUUUGGCAGAAUGAUAAAGCAUCAAAAACACCAACAAGACCAUCACGUUUUCGACGACAACGUGAUCGAGUUAGUGUCGACUCAACUGCUAGCGAUGCAACAUCUUAA